AUUGGGUAGCCCAGGACCACAAUCUUCCCCGCCUUUUCUAUACUCUUGGGAACGAAACUCCCACCACCCAGUAACUGAAAUUUAAAAUCUCAACGGUCAAUUGCUUCCCUGAGAAACCAAAUUAAACCCUAAACGUGAAACCCACACAUGCUUCGAUUCUCAAGCUCAGUUUCUAGACUCAUCCUAAAGCAAUAUCCAGUUCGUUUGAUUCACGCUAGGUCCAGAAAUCGAUGCUAUCCCGAUGAGGAAGACGAUGGCGAUAAGGCUCGGAAAAGAGAGGUGAACAAAGAUGGGUAUUUUCAAUUGUACAAGAGCAAAGGCCAGCACCUCUUGACUAAUCAACGCAUUCUCGACAGCAUUGUUCGGAAAUCGGAUAUUAAACCCACUGAUACUGUCCUAGAGAUCGGACCCGGCACCGGGAAUCUCACCCUGAAGCUUCUGGAAGCUGCAAACAGCGUUGUGGCUUUUGAGAUUGACAAGCGGAUGGUGGAGGUUCUUCACAAACGCGUUGCGGAGCGCGGCGUUGAUGAUCGGCUGACGGUUGUGUGUGAAGAUGCGUUGAAGGCGGAGUUUCCGGAAUUUGAUCUUGUUGUGGCGAACAUUCCGUACGGGAUAUCUUCGCCUCUUGUGGCGAAAUUGGUGUAUGGGGAAAGGCGGUUUCGGAGUGCCACGCUGCUAUUGCAGAAAGAGUUUGCGAGGAGAUUGUUGGCUAAGCCUGGCGACUCGGAGUUCAACCGCUUGGCUGUGAAUGUGAGCCUGGUGGCGGAUGUGGAGUUUGUCAUGGAUGUGAGCAAGAGGGAGUUUGUUCCUUGUCCCAAAGUGGAUUCGUCCGUGGUUAUUAUUCGUCCGAAAGCUGAAGUUCCAGAUGUUAAUCUGGACGAAUGGUGUGCUUUUACGAAAGCUUGUUUUGGCAAGAAGAAUAAGACACUUGGAGCGACGUUCAAGCAAAAGAAGAAGGUGGUGGAGCUAUUAGCGUUGUCCAAAUUGACAGAAUUAAAUGCCGAAACUGAAUACUAUAUUGGUAGCAACCACGUAGACGAUGAAGAAAAAAGUGAUGAAGAGGAGGAGUGUUCAUCUGCUUGCUCGGAAAUGGGAGGAGCUAGUUCUUUCAAGGAGAAGUUGAUGGGGGUUCUAAAAUCAGCUGAUUUCGAAAACAAGAGGCCUUCAAAGCUGUCGAAUGACGAGUUACUUCAUCUACUUGCACUAUUGAAUCAAGCGGGAAUAUAUUUUCGUGAUCGGUCCAAGAAUACAAGUGUGGUGAUUGAAUCAUUUGAGUGAUCCUUCUAACAGGUUAUAGCUACUAGUUUUGCUAUAUGCAUUGUCUUCUAGCAGUUUCAUUCAUUAGUAAAGGAAAUGUUUCUUCUAGUUUCUAGUUUCCUAAA